AAGUGCCAGUGUGUCUGGGACCCCCAAGUGCCAGCAUGUCAUUGUUCUGGACCCCCAAGUGCCAUGUGUCACUGGUUUGGACCCCCAAGUGUCAGUGUGUCAUUGUUCUGGACCCCCAAGUGUCAGUGUGUCAUUGUUCUGGACCCCCAAGUGUCAGUGUAUCACUGUUCUGGACCCCCAAGUGUCAGUGUGUCACUGUUCUGGACCCCCAAGUGUCAGUGUAUCAUUGUUUGGACCCCAAAUACGCAGUAUGUCAUUGUUCUGGACCCCCAACUGUCAGUGUGUCACUGGUUUGGACCCCCAAGUGUCAACAUGUCAUUGUUCUGGACCCCCAAGUGUCAGUGUGUCAGUGUUCUGGACCCCCAAGUGUCAGUAUGUCAUUGUUCUGCUCUCCCCAACUGUCAGUGUGUCACUGGUUGGGACCCCCAAGUGUCAGUGUGUCAUUGUUCUGGACCCCCAAGUGUCAGUGUGUCAUUGUUCUGGACCCCACGUGCCAGUGGAUCAUUGUUCUGGACCCCCAAGUGUCAGUGUGUCAU